AAAUUUUUGAUUAGACUUCUUUGUGGGUGAAAGAAUUCUUUUUUCACGCAUUAUCUGAGCAAAUCAGUGUCCAUAUUUAGAUAGGACAGAGCGAUAAACAGUUCGGCUAACCAACUCAGUUCAAAUCGAUCGCCCUACAGUUUCAAAUCGCACCGGCAGCAAUGGACCGAUGGAUAGGAAAGGUGGCCGUGGUGACCGGUUCCAGCUCGGGAAUCGGCGCCGCUAUAGCCAAGGAUUUGGCGGAAGCGGGAAUGGUAGUCGUUGGCCUAGCUCGACGCGUAGAACGCGUUGAAGCACUGAAGCAGCAUUUGACGGAGUCGGCUCGAGACCGUCUCCAUGCAUUCAAGUGUGAUGUGUCCCGGGAGGAAGACAUUUUGAAAGCUUUUGGAUGGAUCGAGGAGAAGUUUGGAGGAGUUGACGUGCUGAUCAACAAUGCCGGAAUUCUGCCGGAAGCGGAUCUAUUGGAAGCCGGUAAUAGUCAAGCUCUGCGCGAUGUUAUGGAUACAAAUGUGAUGGGACUGGUACUGUGCAGUCGUGAGGCUUGUCUUUCCAUGAAGAAGCGUUCGGUAGAUGGCCAUGUUGUGCAUAUCAACAGCAUUGCUGGCCAUAGGGUGCCGAACUUCCCGAAGUUGAACAUUUACGUAGCCUCCAAGCACGCAGUUACGGCCAUCACGGAAACGAUGAGGAACGAACUGCGGAAGGAAGGCACUGGGAUUAAGGUUACGAGUAUAAGUCCUGGAAUGGUCGAAACAGAAAUCUUACCGGAUUCAAUUCGUUCCACAAUGCCUAUAUUGAAGUCUGAGGAUAUUUCGGAAGCUGUUCUGUAUGUGCUUGGAACACCACCUCGGGUGCAAGUUCAUGAAUUGACGAUUAAACCAAUUGGUGAAACAAUGUAACUAAUAUUCGCUCUGCGCAUGCAACAAACGCAAAGUUUGAUGCUGAGGUUACACCCUGUUAAUAUUCGGGGGAACAAGCAGUUAAAACAAAAAUCAACCAAAUCAUAUGGGUUACAAUCUGCUAAAAAUAGACCACUCAUAAGAAACUGUAA